AUGACUGCGCCAUCCAAAUCUUGGUUUUCCAUGAGCAAGGAAGAACGAUGGAGUCCUGCGUGUCUUGACAUGGUGGCAUCUGCCUGGUCGUUGGACGUCAAAGACGACAUUCCCAAGUUGCUACAACUCAGAGAACGUCUUUCUGCAGAAUUUGAGGGUUACCAUUUGCUGGACCCUUUGGAACUGGCACGAUGUUACCACGAUGCCAAAGGCAAACUCCCACAAGCCGAAGAACAGUUUCGUAAAAUGGUGGCAUGGCGAAAAGAAGAAGGCAUCGAUGACCUCUUGCAGCAAGCUGCUGCUGUACCACAAUACGUGCACACGUACUAUCCAUCGUGUUUUCUCGACGGCGUGGACAAGGAUGGAGAUCCCAUUUGGUGUGAUCGAGUGGGUGCAUCGGAUGUGCUGAUGGUCCACCAACACUACGGUCAUGUCCCAUUUCGUGACUACACACUCUAUGUACGAGAAAAUGGUCUACGAGGAGCAUUUGCUCGAGAAUUCGAACGACGACACGGACGCCCACCCGCUCGUGUCACGUGCAUUUUGGACAUGGAAGGACUCUGUCGUCGACAUUUACAUGUGGAACUCAUUUCACCUCUGGAAGAGGGCAUUCAGUUUCUACAGGAGUAUUACGGAGGCAUGGCCAAACACAUUUUUGUGGUCCGAGCACCCUUUGUCUUUCGCAUUGUCUGGUCCAUUGCACAGCACUUUUGCAGUGAAAGUCUCAAAAAGACCAUUGUACUAUGCAAUGCCAGAAACACACAAUCUACAUUGGAGAAAUACAUGGAUCGGGAUGUCUUGCCACCCACGUUGGGUGGACGAGGGAAACCAGGAGUGGGAUUCGAGAAAAGUGGCAAUCUCCAAGGGGGAGUCAUGCCAGAAGAAGCGCUCCAUGAACCAGAUCCAUUGCAAUUGAAAUCGUCAGGGUCCAGUGAUACAACAGUCGCUUCCAACGACACCUAUUCCAUGGAUGGAUCCACCACGCCACCGGUUUCUCCCGCAUCGUCCAUGUUGUCUACUGGUGUAGGCGGCGUCUGCGAUUCCAUCCCGGAAGCGGCAUCCGUGACGUACAGCCAGUCGGUCAAUGUGCGGACGACGUUGCUCUUGAGUGGUUAUCUGACAGAUGAUGAUGGCGACAAUCGUCGUGUGAUGAUCAAGUAA